AUGGCUCCUGUUGGUCCUCCUCGAUCUGGCGAUGCAAUCUUCUCAAGCAUCGAUCGCGUGAAUGCGGAGUUGUUCACAUUGACAUACGGUGCAAUUGUGCGUCAAUUGCUUACUGAUCUCGAAGAGGUCGAGGAAGUCAACAAACAGCUUGAUCAAAUGGGAUACAACAUUGGAAUCCGACUUAUCGAUGAGUUUCUAGCAAAAUCUGGUGUUUCCAGAUGUGUUGACUUCAGGGAAACUGCUGAAAUGAUUGCCAAGGUGGGUUUCAAGAUGUUCUUAGGGGUCACUGCAUCAGUGACAAGCUGGGACGCGGAUGGGACUUGCUGCAGUAUAGUCUUGGAGGACAAUCCGCUCGUUGAUUUCGUGGAGCUUCCCGAUACUUGUCAAGGUCUUUACUACUGCAAUGUCUUAAGUGGAGUCAUUAGAGGUGCUUUGGAAAUGGUCUCAAUGAAGACAGAAGUUACGUGGACUCGUGAUGUGCUUCGAGGAGAUGAUGCUUACGAGUUGCAGGUUAAGCUCUUGAAGCAAGUUGCUGAGGAGUAUCCUUACAAGGAUGAUGAAUGA